CGUCAUCGCUGAGGCGUCCGGUGCUGGUCCCGUGGCUGAGAGCUAUGAGCAGCAGGCGCCUGCCAUUCAGAUGAUGCCCGGCAACCUGGAGGCGCUGGUGAGUUGCAAAUGCCAAAGUGGUCGCGUCUGCGCUGCGCUCGACGCGCUCUAAUUACGCCUUAAAGACUCAGAAGCUGCGGGUUGCAAAUGAGCACCCUUUGCAUGUGCCGCUCUGGGGGAUGGGCCCCACUUUUCCUGACACUCGUCCAUGCCAGUACGCGUCAUCGAACGCAGGACGGCGUGGUCAUCCGCGAGGUGACCCAGGUGGCGGACAUGGUCAUGGGGGCGCUGGGCGUCCCCUUUGAGAUCGCCAACAAGUACGAGGUGAAGCAGCUGCCGGCCGGCGUCAAGGCGGCCAGCGACUUCAACCAGCAGAACACGUGGCUGCCCAGCAAGGAGGAGAUCAAGGCGCUACCCGAGGUCUACUUCGUUAGCGAGGAGUCCUCUGCGUGCGACCGCCUGUGCAUGACCUGGAUUGGCUGCCUCAACCUGCGCGCGCUCAAGCUGCACUUCUACCAGAACAACGCCAAGUCACCGCUGCUGGUGGACCGGCCCUGCAAGGUUGGCGGUGGCUGCUGCUGCCCCCUGGAGCUCACCCUCACCAACAACGGCCAGAUGGUCGGCAUGGUGGUCGAGGACUUUGACAACUACUGCGGCCAGUGCUGCGCACAGACCUGCGCCUGCACCUACACGCAGAAGGUCAUGCUGGGCAACAGCCGGCAGUCGCUGGUGCACAAGUACUCGCUGGUCAACUCCUACUGCUGCUUCGGCCGCGUCAACAACUGCUGCGGCGGCACCUGCUGCAAGCCCAACUUCUUCAUUGAUGUUGUGUCGCCCGAGGGCAAGUUCAUCAACGCGGUGCAGAUGACCUACGGCGCGGGCGGCGCGGAGGACUGCUGCCGCAUGGGGGCGGCGAUGAACAACUACGUCAUGUCCUUCCCCCAGGGCUCGAACCACUGGGAGCGCCUGAUGCUUCUGACCGGUGUGCUUUCAAUGGAAUACGCCUACCACUCGCGCAAGGGUGAUGAGAACAACUAGCUUCCAUGUCGCCAGGGGCUGCUGUGCGCGCCCGUGCCGUAGCGACGUCCCCAUGCUUCAUGCACAAGUAGCCGUGCUGGCAAGGCGCCACUGCCCGCAUUGGUGACAGGACAGGGCAGGUGGUGACGCGGCCGCAUCUAUCAUGGGCUUCUUCCGAGCCUUUGUGUAGAACUUGUGUACUGAAUUCCAACCUGGAUAGUCGAGCGGGCUCUUCGUCAUUGUUGAUGGGGAAUGGCACGAAUGGCACAUUUGGUGAUGGUAAGGAGACAGGACUUGGCUGCCCAGCGGCAGCACCUGGCAUUACAUUCUUUUGUGAGCGUAUCGAGUUAUGAGUUGCAUUAAGUGCACGCAUAUGUGAGAUCCAAGAACAGGAGAGGAAUAGCAAGUUGGUUGACCGGGUUAUACCUGCUUUUCGUGUGGGGGUCAUACAGUCGAAUGCCUUUGACUCGUGGUGUGUCCUUAUUGUGGUUUGUAGCCGUGGAGCUUGGGUAAUUAGCGCACUGCCGAAGCACACACUGCACAUACAUGCGUUGCACUUUUCAGAGCUGGGGUGCACUGGCUCAGGGCUUCAGUGAUGCAUGCAGGUUUUGAGUGCAGGGGGCCACGCAGGUUGAAAGCUAGCUGCGGCCCAUUCCUUGCUUUAGUAUAUCUUGCUUCAUUUGCCUGUGCACGCAUUCAUAAGGUUUGCGCAUGUCCAGUAGGUGCAUGUGCGAAUGUUGGUAGUGAUGAUGCGUGUGGCGGGGCGCAGCGGUCCCCGCCGGGCGCAACGGAACGCCACGGCGACACACACGGGACCCGCACGGCGGGUGCCACACUGACACUCGUGAGGACCCUUCGAGUGGUCAUUCAAUCCCGCGUGUAAGAAUCCGCCUUGUGA